AUGGAUCAACAACUUAAGAACAACAAAGAUGUUGUCUUACCAGAAGCGGAAGUGUCAGGGGUUGGACCACGUGCCAGGUCGAUCAGGGUGGGUAGUGAAGGAGAUGGGGACACCGGAAGUGUGAUCCUUGGUAUCUCAGACCAUCUAGUUUCUUCGAUGGUUCAGCCAAAUCAGAACCAAACCAGAACGACAGUGGAGACUUCAACAGUGGAUUUGAGCCUACAAGUCAUUGGCCCAGGGAGUCAUGACGACAAUGCCCCCCUUUCUGCCAAAGGACAGACUAUGGAAAUCAAUUUGCAGGAUAUAGCCAAGACCAACAAUGGUUCCGCAUCAGCUGCCUUUAUGACACUGAAUGGGAUGGAGAAUCUUCUUAGUCAUCAAUACUUUAAAACAGAGAACCAGACAGAGAUGUACUCGGAUGUUUUCACUGCGAUCUUACCAUCCAUAAACACCACCAACCUCACCGACCCUGUCAACUUUACCAUCCAGCAUAAGAAGCCUCCACCAGAGGAUCAUUUCCUAGAGUGGCUAAACCGAAUGUGCGUGAUUGUCGGGCUGUUCUUCUUUGCGUUGGCCAUCUUCAGCUUCCUCCUGUGUAGAUGGAACCCCAAGAUCAACAACACAGCCCGUCUCCACCUCUGCCUCAGCCUCUUCUUCUCCCACCUGCUGCUGCUGUGGAAUGACAAAUAUGUUGAACAAGAGCUGGCCUGCACCGUCAUGGCGGGGCUUCUUCACUUCUUAGUUGUAGCAGGUUUUGUGUGGAUGCUGCUGGAGGCGCUACAGCUUCACCUGUUGGUCCGCAGACUCUCCAAGGUGCAGGUCAUCCAGAGAGAUGGCCUCCCCAGGCCACUUCUUUACCUGGUUGGCUACGGUGUUCCAUUUGUGAUUGUGGGUAUUUCUGCACUGGUAUAUUCUGAUGGAUAUGGUACCACUGAGGCAGAGGUGUGCUGGCUCUCUAGACAGCGCAAUUUCAACUGGGCUUUAACCGGCCCUGUGAUUGCUAUCAUUGGACUUAAUUGGAUAUUGUUCUGUGCUACUCUAUGGAGUCUGAGACCCACCCUGGCCAACAUGAAAAGUGAUGUUUCUCAAUCCAAAGACACCAGGUUGAUCGUGUUCAAGAUUGUGGCCCAGUUUGUCAUACUGGGCUGUACCUGGUUUCUGGGCCUGUACCAGGGAAACCUUUUCUUCCAGCUCCUUUUUAUAAUUCUCAACUCCCAGCAGGGCACCUUCCUCUUCAUCGUCCACUGUCUGCUCAACAAGGAGGUGCGGGAGGAGUACAUGAGAUGGCUGACGUGCUCUUGUGGAAAGGACAGAUCUGUGAGGAUAAUGAGGAUUGACCUCACUUGA